UCUUACCUGUUGAUUUGUCAUCUGGGCAGGUAAAGGUGGGCAUCAUGACAUCAUAAACUAAAGGUGCUUAAUCAAAACAACUGAUAAUUUUUUUUAAACAAAGUUUGAGAUCCGAUUUGCUCCGUUAUCAUUUCAACUCAAAUAACAUACGCGGAACAGGUGUUUCAACGAUUUCGAAUAUUUUGAUUUUAACACAGGUCCAUUUUUAAGGAUGUUUUUGGUUGUGCCCGAUUUAAAACAUCUCUUCCUGUUAUUCUCCAUUGGAUUUUAUUAUGUUGGGGGUACCAGCUGCAAAACACCUUUAUUAAAGAAAUGCAAGUGUGGCAGGGGCCCAUAUGAUGGCAAAGAAUUAUUUAUUGUCAACUGUACAAACACAGGUUUCCAAAACACCGACAUGUUAGUAGAGCUUCCAGAAGAAACUCAGGUACUCAUAUUCACUGGAAAUUAUCUUCCAACGCUGCCUUGGAACAUUUUUGGAGAUUUCAACAUAAAUAAUUUGAAUAAUUUAAGAAUAAUUGAUAUGACAAAUAAUCAUAUCAAUGAAAUUAAAGGUAAAACAUAUCAUCAUGUUCAGUACGUCGAGAGGCUCAUUUUAAACCAUAAUAAUCUCACUAUAUCUGAUGAAGGGCUGGAAAAUCAUCAUCAUCCUAGGAUUUUUUCAAAUUUUGAAAAUUUAGAAGAGUUACAUUUAACUAAUGCAUUUGCUGAUUACACCGGUGAUGCACUGUCUAAUGACUUGCAUGACAUUUUUUAUAAGAGUAACUUGACAAAACUACAAAAGUUGCACUUGGAACAGAAUGAAAUUAAAGGUUUUAGAGACCCAAACGUCUUUUGCGACCUUAUAAGCAUUCGUGACCUUUAUCUAGGACAAAAUUACAUACCUGGAUUGAACUUUAAUAUUACAUGCCUUAAGAAGCUUCGAUUUGUUGACUUAGAGUCGAAUCAAAUCAGAUCCUUAAAUGAGAACGAAUUACACACAUUCGACCUUAUGACCUACCCUUACAGGAAUCAAGAAUUUGUCAUAGAUUUAAAUAACAAUCCUUUUAAUUGCGAUUUUGGCCUUAACACCUUACAGCCUUGGGUGCGAAAAACUAACGUCACAGUUCGAAAUAGAGACUACCUAAAGUGUAUAAAGAUGAAAUAUGGCUUAAACUACACCAUAACUUUAAAAAAAUACGAAGAAUCAAAACACCACCGGGUUUCAGGAGCUGUAACUAUUCUUGUUGCUAUUUUAUCAAUUAUUUUAUUUACUUUGCUGGGCGUUUACAUUUAUUUAAGUAAAGACACCGUCAAAAUGAAACUGGAGCCCUUUUUAGAUAUAGUUUCGCGAAAGGUGCAUUACACAAAAAUCGAAAGUCAAAAUGUUUGAAUAAAACAGAAAAAAAUAACGAUAAGAGGCUUGUUACGACGCUUUUAAUAAUGUGCAGUUGGUGUUAAGUCUGAAUUAACUUUUUCUAAUAAUUGUGUUAAUAAAAUUUGGUUCUACAAAUUAAUUAAUAUUGUUAAAUCACUGCUAAUGUUUAGUGAAUAAAGACAGACACGUAGAAAUACAUUUAAUCUACUAAUAAACUACUCUUUAUGUUUAUUAUCUGGUAGGUGCAGAAUAAAUUCUGAUCUAUUUCGAACAAUGCUAGUCAUUAAAAAUUGUUUAAAUUCUUUUAAAAACUUUCGCGUCCCAAAAAUACAAUAACCACGCUCAAAACUUUAUAAAUGGUAUGAAAACAUUCCAAAUUUGUAGAUCUGUAUUUACUAUUAAGAUGGAAGAAGUACUUAAAAUGCAAUAAAAGAAGUAUUUAUAGUUAGUUUUAAUGUAGUAAUUGUUAAUGUUUUGUACUUUUAUGAACUGAAAUAAAAUAUUUACGAAAUAAAAUUUGUUUAAAGAGGCAACAAAUUAAAAAUAGACUGAAUUUUAUUAUACAACGUCCAUACAACUUUUUUAUUCGCAUGAUUUCCCGUGGUUUUCAUACUGUUGCGAACUCUAAUUUUUAUUGUAUUCUAGUAAUAUGUAGUUUGAAAGUACUUGCUAAAAGUUUAAUCCUAUCGCUAAAAUCACCCAUGAUAAGGUUCUAUAUCUAAUAAUUUACAAUAUCGAUAACAUUUAAUUUACAUUAAAUAAUAAUGUAUGACUUAAUCUUAGGAAACGGCAAUUAACUUCGCAAAUAAAUAAUUAAGAAUGAGAGUUAAAAAUAAUCUCGAAAAGUUAAUAAAAUAAUGGCCAGAAACUGAUUAAAGUGGUUAAUUCGUCCUAUAUUCGAAAUAGUAAAAUAAAUUGCAAAAAGGCAUUAAUUACGGUCUUAUCUUAAGGUAUUAGUCAAUUAUGUAAAGUAAUUAAAAUCAACUUUCGGGCAAAAAAAGCUCUUCCAAGUUCAAAUUAAAAUCACGCGUCGAUUGACGAGAACACAAUGUUCAUUAAAAAAGCAAAAAUAAUAUAAAUGUAUAGGA